AUGCCAUCGAGGUACAGGGUUGAAUAUCAGCUGAAAUCCCACCGUAAAGAUGAGCUAAUCGAAUGGAUCAAGGGUUUACUAGCGGUACCUUUCGUACUUCAUUCUUCUUCAGUGGGUGAGAGUGCUAAACAAUUGAUGCGCCAGAGGUAUGCAGAGGUAUUCACCGCUGUGGAGAAAUUGAUUAAUGAACAGUAUGAAGUGGGCAGGCAGGUUCAUCUAGCAGAUUUAGAUUUCCAGCGUCACAGAACAAGGCUUGCACUCCUUGUGCCAACUAUAGGGCCCUUCUUCACUAAAUUGCCCUUGGAAGAAGCCUUUUACCUUGUUGACAACGUAAGAGCGAUUUCCUCGAGGACUAUGGUCGCCCCCAGUUUUAACGACAUUCGACACAUCCUAAACAGCGCCCAGAUCCUAGAGAUGCGCAAGUUUCAUGACGUCAAGUUGGUUACUUUCGAUGGUGAUGUGACACUCUAUGAAGAUGGCGGAUCCAUUACCGAAGCCAGCAAAAUUACGCCUUUGUUGUUGAGCCUACUGAGAAGCGGAAUACACGUUGGAAUAGUCACUGCCGCCGGUUACGACGAGGCCCAGAAAUACAUGGAACGUUUGUACGGAUUCAUGUCCGCAUUGGAGGCUGAUAUGACGAUCAGUCCGCAACUGAAGGAAAAUCUGGCUGUUUUGGGCGGUGAGUCCAAUUAUUUGUUCCGAUACAACGCCCAACUGCACAAACUCGUGGCCAUUCCGCAGGAACGCUGGAUACGCUCCCCGAUGAGCGAAUGGAGCGAGUCCGACAUGACAGAAACCCUCGACCUAGCGGAAUCGCUUCUGCACAGCUUCAAAACGAACCUCAACUUGCCCAAAGAGUCCACCAUUAUCCGUAAGCCCAGGGCCGUGGGUAUUGUCCCCGGAAACCGUUGGAAUCCAGAAACAAAGCGCACGAACCGCGUGAAAAUGGACCGCGAGCAGUUGGAGGAAAUGGUGCUCACUUUGCAGCACCGUAUCGAGAAUUUCGCUCCAGCUCGUCGCAUCCAGUUCAGCUGCUUUGAUGGCGGAAGCGACGUAUGGUGCGAUAUCGGCGGCAAGGACCUCGGUGUUGCUGCCCUACAGAACUAUUUUUCCCCAGAUGAUCCAGUCAAGCCCCGCCAGACGCUCCACGUCGGGGACCAAUUUGCACCAAUGGGUUCUGCCAACGAUUUCAAGGCUCGUCUCUCAGGAAGUACCGUCUGGAUUUCGUCUCCCCAGGAAACAAUUGAGGUGCUACAAUGUCUCACCCAAGGUUUUGAUCAUUUCAAACCACAAUACAAGUAG